AGCGUCGCCGCGGUCCCGCUUCUGAAGCCCCGGGUCACCUACCUGGACUCAGAUUCUCCCCAGACGCGGAUGAUGGGAUCAUGGGGCCGGGAACCCUUCUCCUGCUGCUCUCAGGGGCCCUGGCCCUGACUGAGACCUGGGCGGGCUCCCACUCCUUGAGGUAUUUCUACACCGCCGUGUCCCGGCCCGGCCGCGGGGAGCCCCGCUUCAUCGCCGUGGGCUACGUGGACUACACGCAGUUUGUGCGGUUCGACAGCGACGCCGCGAGUGGGAGAGGGGAGCCUCGGGCGCCGUGGAUGGAGCACGAGGGGCCGGAGUAUUGGGACCGGGAGACACUGACCCUCAGGGCCAGCGCGCAGACUCACCGAGGGAACCUGCGGACCCUGCGCGGCUACUACAACCAGAGCGAGGCCGGGUCUCACACUCUCCAGAGGACCUAUGGCUGCGACCUGGGGCCUGAUGGGCGCCUCCUCCGCGGGUAUUACCAACAUGCCUAUGACGGCAAGGAUUACAUCGCCCUUAACGAGGACCUGCACUCUUGGACAGUGACUGACACGGCUGCCCAGAUCACCCAGCGCAAGUUGGAGGCCACCCAUGAGACGGAGGGGCUCAGGGCUUACCUGGAGGGCACAUGCCUGAAGUGGCUCCGAAGAUACCUGGCCAAGGGGAAGGAGACACUGCAGCAUACGGACCCCCCAAAGACACAUGUGACCCACCACCCCGUCUCUGACCAUAAGGCCACCCUGAGGUGCUGGGCUCUGGGCUUCUACCCUGCGGAGAUCACACUGACCUGGCAGUGGGAUGGGGAGGACCAAACUCAGGAGGCUGAGCUUGUGGAGACCAGGCCUUCAGGGGAUGGAACCUUCCAGAAGUGGGCUGCUGUGUCGGUGCCUUCUGGAGAAGAGCAGAGAUACACGUGCCAUGUGCAGCACGAGGGGCUGCCGGAGCCCCUCACCCUGAGAUGGGAGCCGUCUUCCCAGCUCACCAUCCCUAUUGUGGGCAUCAUUGCUGUGGCUGUCCUAGGAGCUGUAGUCAUCGGAGCUGUGGUCACUGCUGUGAUGUGGAGGAGGAAGGGCUCAGGUAUCGACAGUGCCCAGGGAUCUGAUGUGUCUCUCAUGGCUUGUAAAGUCUUCCAGCCCACCCUCCCCAUUGUGGGCACCACUGCUGGCCUGGUUCUCUUUAUAGUUGUGGGCACUGGAGCUGUGGUGGCUACCCUUGUGAUGUAGAGGAGGAAGAGCUCUGGUAUGUAAGGGGUGGAGUUUGCAUUUUCUUGUUCCUUUGGGCCUCCUUAAUGAAAAGUACCACACAUACACAAAGCGCGCGCGCGCGCACACACACACACACCCACACACACACACACACACACACACAGCACAAACACUCAUGCUCAUGGUCCCUGUAUGCUAAACUUUCUGUAAUGUAAAGCACUGGUGAAGAUAAAGGAUGCAUCACCUUGAUGAAUCUAGAGAUGGGACCUGAUUCCCAGCAGUCAUUGGUCAGAGGGGAAGGACUCUGCUGAGGACAGACCUCCAGCCACCCGAGAGGGCAGGUGGUCCAGCCCCUGUACAUCUCCUGUUCUUGAUUUUCUGAUCAUGCCCUGGGUCUGAUUACAGAUCCAAAUAGAAAAAAGUUGAACUUCAGCACAUUAAAAACUUGUGUGCAUCGAAAGACAUUAUCAGUACAGUGAAAAGACAAUUCAUAAAAUGGCAGAAGAUAUUUGCCAAUUACACAUCAGGGGCUAGUAUUCAGAUACAUAAAGAAAUCUUUACAUUUCAAUAGCAAAAGGCAAAUAAUCCAGUCACAAAUGGGCAAAGGACUUGUACAGACAUUUACUCAAAGAAGAGACAUAAGCAGCCAAGAAACAUAGGAAAAUAUGAUCAGCAACAUUAGCCAUUUCAGAAAUGCAAAGUCAACUGCAAUGAUACGGCUAUGGUAAUAACUUUUUUUUUAAAAUAGCAAAUGUUAGGAAGAAUGUGGAGAAAUUAGAAGCUUCAUCCCACUAUGUUUUUAGAAAUAUAAAAUGGCCAGCUGAGGUUCUUGAUUGGUGGAAGCGUUCCUCUCUUGGGAAAUCCACUAAGCCCAAGAUGGCAGGGAUGGGAAGCAGAAAAAUUUUAAGUAAUUAAUAGGUGUAAUUGUUCAAGAACAUUUAUUACAUAAUAAAUUAUCUCAGCUUUUUUAGUGAAAAUGAUUCUAAGUUUGUUCAUCUUUUCAUACAUUCCAUAAAUUGUACAGUAUAUUAUAACACACUGGCAGUCUCAGCUACUUCAAAGGCUGAGGCGGGAAGAGUUAAAGACCAGUCUGGAGCAAUAUAGCAAGGACCCUUAUCUUAAAAAAAAUGUGUUUAAAUACAUUGUAUGAGUUAUUCUAUAUCUUUUGUGUUUUCAUAUACACAGUACAUCAGUUCAUUAAUUUCUGUCAAAAGGCCUCCUAGAAUUCUGUUUGGUAUUUGAACCUCUGGAUUAAUUUGGAGAGCAUCACAUUUUAACUAUGUGCAGUCUUGCUCUCCAUGAACAGGGGAUAUAUGUAUGUCGGUCCUCUAUACACCCUUUCCACAGUCUGUCUUGGUUUCCAGUGUCUUGUAUUUCAGAGUUCAUAAACAUUUAUAAGGUUUAUGUUUCUGAUACUAAUGUACUUGGAAAAAAAUUUAAAUGUAAAUUGUUAUCUUUGUGUAUUGCUUAUAUAUGUUAUUUGGGGUGUGCUAUUGUUUUUUUUUUCUUUUCUAUUUUAUUCAUUUGUGUUUGGUUUUGAUUUUCAAUUACUCUUGUAGCCUAAAAUUGUUUUGGUAAUUUUUCAUUAAAGAUCUUUGUACUGUUAGCCUUGAAUAAAAAGAGCCUGUAACUUUUU